GGAACUGUUUUUAAAGCAAUUUGGAAAGAUGGUCCUAUAUGUAAUUAUUAUAAUCAUCAAUGGAAAAGAAGUAAUAAUGAAAAAAUUGCUCUAAAAUGUCUACAUAACUCACGAAGCAUGACAGCUCAAUUUUUAAAAGAGAUUGAAUUACAUAAUUUACCAUAUGAAACCGGUUGGAUAGUUCAAUGUUUUGGCAUCACUAAAGAUCCAAUCAUCCAAAAACAGAAAAUUUUAUGAUGGUUAUGAAAUUAGAAGAAGGUAGUUUAAGGCAACAUUUAAAUAAUAAUUUUAUUUCACUGAAUUGGGAGAAAAAAUUUCAAAGUAUGCAUGGUAUUGCAUAUGGUCUUAAAGACAUUCAUAAAAAAGGAUUAAUUCAUCAUGAUUUUCAUUGUGGAAAUAUAUUAAGUGAUUUUAUAGAUAGUGCUUAUAUCACUGAUUUAGGAUUAUGUCAACCAGCAAAUGUAAAGACUUUUCAAGAUAGUAAUAAAAAAAUAUAUGGAGUGUUGCCUUAUGUAGCUCCUGAAGUUUUAAGAGGAAAAGAAUAUACUCAAGCAAGUGAUAUUUAUGGAUUUGGAAUUAUUACGUAUGAAAUAUGUACAGGUCUGCCUCCUUAUUAUGAUGUGGCACAUGAUGAAUUCUUAGCUAUGAAAAUUUGUCAAGGAUUAAGACCAAAAAUUAAUUACAGAAUUCCUCAACUACUUCUUGAUAUAAUUAAUCAAUGUUGGGAUGCAAACCCUUUAAAUCGACCUAAAGUGAAUGAAUUAUAUGACUCAUUAAGAAAUUUAUAUAAUUAUGGUUCUAGAAAAUUUAAUCCCGCAAUUGUUGAACAAAUUAAAGAAGUGGAUAAAAUUAAUGAAGAUUCAUCUUAUUUAUCAACAUCUUCACCUUUCUUAUCUACUUGCACUCUUUCAUAUAUGACACAUCCUCAAGCAAUUUACACAAGUAAACUUUUAGAUUUUAAAAAUCUUCCAGAACCAAAAAAUUCUAACGAUAAUAAUGAUUUACUUGGAAAUAAAUAUUCAGGUAAUUAA